AUGAUUACCGUGAUAUUGAAAUCCAACACUUUUAGCUGUCUUAAGCAGUCCAGUGGGGUGGUGAACUAUAAUGUCUUUGUUUAUUCGAUUGAGUUAUACAGUUCUGGAUCGCGGAUCAUUUGUACAGAGACGAUAGCUACUUAUAAUGUGAUAAUAACGAUACAUGGCCUAGCUAUGAUCUUUAUGUUCUUAAUGCCUGCUUUGUACGGAGGAUAUGGUAACUUCUUUGUACCAAUAUAUAUUGGUGGUUCGGAAGUCGUUUUCCCAAGAAACUAA